AUGGCUCCGAGGAUUGGCUUCCCCGACUGGUUGGCGAAGGAGGCGAGGAAGGGCACCCCAGUGGUCGUGACGAUGGAGAACCCUAAUUACUCAGUCGUCGAGAUCGACGGCCCCGACUCUUUGGCAUUCCGCGGUGUGGAGAGGGGACGGGGGAAGAAUGCCCGACAGUUCACCUGGGUUUUGCUCCUCAGGGCGCACAGGGCCGUCGGCUGUGUCGCCUGGUUGGUCGCUGCCCUCUGGGCGCUCCUCAACACCGUCAAGAAGCGCCUGAUAUUCCGGCAGGGGGUCUCCAUGGAGAGCGAUCGUGCAGGCCGGGGGAAGUUGCUCUUCGUCUUCAUCAGAGGCUUCCUGGCGAUCUCCACGGUGGCUCUACUCUUCGAGACCGUCGCCUACGCCAAUGGCUGGCAUUUCAAAACUCCACUUCUGCACCUUCCGGAGACUACUGAACUCAGAGGGUGGAUGCACGCGGCGUACCUCUCCUGGCUUUCCUUCCGGUCGGAUUACAUCGCUCGUCCAAUUCGACUCCUGUCGAGCUUCUGCGUUCUUCUGUUCAUCAUCCAGUCCCUGGACCGGAUGAUCAUGUGUCUAGGCUGCCUCUGGAUCAAGCUGAAGAAGAUCAAGCCAAGGAUUCAGGGUGACUCUCUCAAAGAUGGCAAUACGGAGGAUCCGUCUUCUGGGUAUCCCAUGGUCCUCGUUCAGAUUCCCAUGUGCAACGAGAGGGAGGUAAAAAAAGAAAAAAAAAGGUUAUUUAUUUUAAUUUCUGUUCUUCUUGAAUGAAGUUAGUAAUUAUAACAGUUACCUGUUUUGAUCGGGAUUUCUGCAGGUGUAUGAACAAUCCAUUUCCGCCGUCUGCCAGCUUGACUGGCCAAGAGACAGGCUGCUAAUCCAAGUCCUCGACGACUCCGAUGACGAGUCCAUCAUGCUUCUGAUCAGAGCGGAGGUUGCCAUGUGGAGUCAACGGGGAAUUAACAUCGUUUAUCGCCAUCGGUUGGUCAGAACUGGAUACAAAGCCGGGAACCUGAAGUCGGCUAUGAGCUGUGACUAUGUCAAAGCAUACGAGUUUGUGGCUAUAUUUGAUGCGGAUUUCCUACCAAAACCAGACUUCCUCAAGCUCACGAUUCCUCAUUUUAAGGUAUUUCUGACCAAGAAAGGUGAUACACUACCAGAUGGUUAUCUCUUCGAAUGACUGUAUAUUUUCCAUUUCUGCCCUGUUCAAGCCAAAUCCAGAUUUCCUUCGAGCGAAAAAUUCUCAUUUUGAGAUAAUUCUGACCCAUCAAUAGGGUACCCAGAUGGUUAUCUAUUUAAUUAACCGAAUAUUUGCCAUCUCUGCCCCUUUUCGAGACAAAUCCGGAUUUCCUAAACCCAUAAAUUCCUCAUUUUAAGGUGAUUCUGGGCCAUUCUAGGGAUACCGGUAUGAUUUUCUCUUUUAUUGACUGUAUAUUUUCCAUCUCUGCCUCUCUGGGGGGGGAAUUUAGGGCAACCCAGAACUUGGACUAGUUCAGACCCGGUGGAGUUUUGUGAACAAGGACGAGAACCUGCUGACCCGCCUCCAGAACAUCAACCUGUGCUUCCACUUUGAGGUGGAGCAGCAGGUCAAUGGCAUCUUCCUGAACUUCUUCGGGUUCAAUGGGACGGCGGGUGUCUGGAGAAUCAAGGCCCUGGAGGAGUCUGGCGGCUGGCUCGAGAGGACCACCGUGGAGGACAUGGACAUCGCCGUUCGGGCGCAUCUCCAUGGCUGGAAGUUUAUCUUCCUGAAUGACGUUCAGGUACCAUGGAAAUUAAACCUGAAUAAAAGGCCCAUUUUAGCUGUCAUUAUGCGCCUAAGACCAUAUGCGUGUGACUUCCAUUUGCCUAGGUUUCCUGUGAGGUUCCAGGGUCCUAUGAGGCUUACCGGAAGCAACAGCACCGCUGGCACUCUGGCCCGAUGCAGCUCUUCCGGCUAUGCCUUCCUGCCAUUAUAUCCUCAAAGGUGAGCUUGCUAGUUAGAGAACAUCUGAUUCAAAGCUGAGGAGAGAUCUCAAUGAGCUGCUUUGAUGCCCCAUUUGCAGGUAUCGGUAUGGAAGAAGGCGAAUCUGAUCCUUCUGUUUUUCCUGCUGAGGAAGCUGAUCCUCCCGUUCUAUUCGUUCACGCUGUUCUGCAUCAUACUGCCCCUGACGAUGUUCGUGCCCGAGGCGGAGUUGCCCUUGUGGGUCAUCUGCUACAUCCCCGUCUUCAUGUCCUUCCUCAACAUCCUACCGGCCCCUCAGUCUUUUCCCUUCAUCGUUCCUUAUCUUCUGUUCGAGAACACCAUGUCCGUAACCAAGUUCAAUGCGAUGGUCUCUGGGCUGUUCCAGCUGGGGAGCUCCUACGAGUGGGUGGUCACUAAGAAGGCCGGCCGGUCAUCAGAAUCCAACCUGUUGGAGGCGGCAGAGAGGGAUUCCAAGGCCCUCAGCAGCCCUCCUCUCCACAGGGGCGCCUCAGAGAGCGAGCUCGUCGAGUUGACCAAGUUGAACGAUCAGAAGGCGGAGGCAACCCCCGCCAAGAAGAGGACCAACAAGAUCUACAAGAAGGAGCUGGCUCUCGCCCUCCUCCUUCUCACCGCCGCUGCCCGGAGCCUCCUGUCCGCCCAGGGAAUUCACUUCUACUUCUUGCUCUUCCAGGGAGUGUGCUUCCUCCUCGUCGGUCUUGAUCUGAUCGGAGAGCAGAUGAGCUGA